AUGUCCCAGCCGCAGCCGAGCAAUGCCGCCCCCGCCUCCGCACCCGGUCAGUGCGACUGCCUUCCCGCACCCUAUCCCGUGUCCAUCUCGCAGCCACCGCUCCUGAUGCCGUGCGGUCACAAAGCCCGCCAGUUCUGCCUCGAGCGCGCCGUGGAAGCCGCGCCCAGCGACGUCUCGCACGAAGCCCGCUGGGUGCUGCCCUGUGGCUGCGAAUCCUCGUGGCCGGAGGUCCUUUCUACUCUGCGCCGUGAUAGCGAGCUAAAAGAGGGACGUAGGCUGGCUAAGGAGGCGGGAGAGGAAAAGAGGCGGCUGGCGGCAGAGAGGAGGCGGGAGAGGGAAGAGGCGAAGGAAAUGAAGGAGGGGGAGAGGGAGUUGAAGGAGAAGGAGAGGGAGGAGAUGAAGGAGAAGGAGAUGGGGAGAAGGCUACACCGGCGAAGAAGAGGCUGCUGCUGCGAAGGUGAAGGCUGCGGCCGAGGAGACGGUGGUGGAGACACUUGCGGAUGA